GAAAAAACGGCCGACUACAAUUUGAGAAAAAUCUUUAUCUGCAACCUCUCAGAAAAUGACAAAUGCAGCUGAGCUAAGCAAAGCUCGCUCCCCUCGACUGCCGAAAAAUCUCCAAAAUCUAAUCAGCUCCCUUCUCACUGUUGCAUCCCCAAAGAUCUUUAUUCAGUUUCAACCCAUAAAUUCUUUCUUCAAUCUGCAGUUGCUUCGCUGAUCGCCGUCACAAUCUCAGACUCUAGUUCAGCCCUCCCCGAUGCUGUCAUCCUCCUCCGUAACCCUAACAACCCCUCGCUUUCAAUCCUUCCCCAAAAAAUCCACUGUAAAGGGAAAACCCAGAAAGAGAAUCCAAACAACCAUCACGAAUCUUGUUCAACAUUUAGCCACCACAAAACCAGAGAACAACAUCUCAACAAUCCAGUCUUUCCCCCAAAACCCAGAUGCCAAUUUAUCCGGUCCGAUCCCGUUUCAUAAUCUUGAUCCUAAAGCAGUCUCUUCACAUCUAAAAUCAUGUGCAAGUCUCAAAGAAGUCAAGUGCGUGCAUGCAGUUUUCAUAAGAGCUUUACUGGGCUCCGAAACUUAUGUGGGCAACAAUUUGAUCAGUUGGUACUUGAGUUUUUCCAGCCUGGACGACGCGAGAAAGGUGUUCGAUGAAAUGUCUGAGAAAAAUGUGGUUUCUUGGACUACGAUGCUUAACGGGUACCUUAACCAUGGUCUCGAUGACGGAGUUGUUGAAAUUUUUGAAGGUUUGAUUGAAAGUUCAGUCCAACCUAACAGCUUGACGUUUGUAUGCUUGUUGAAGUCGUGUGGCAAUAGGUUGGAUUUCGAACUUGGGAGUCAGCUUCAUGCCUGUAUUCUCAAAGGGAAUUGGAGUAACUUGAUAGUUGAUAGUGCCCUAAUAUAUUUCUAUGCACAAUGUGGUGAUUUACUCGGUGCAUCUUGUGCGUUUGAUCGGAUGCCGGAGCGUGAUGUUGUUACUUGGACUACAAUGAUCACUGCAUACGCAAAACAUGGCUAUACUGAUGAAGCCCUGUCGGUUUUCUCAAGAAUGCAACAUCAAGGCUUUCGUCCGAAUGAAAUUACAGUGUGUAGUGUCUUGAAGGCUUGUGGUGAAGAGAAAGCAUUGCGAUUCGGUAGGCAACUUCAUGGUGCUAUAGUGAAAGGAUUGUUUGAAGAAGAUGUAGUUAUUGGGAGCUCUUUGGUAACAAUGUAUGUGAAAUGUGGAGAAAUUUCUGAUGCUAGACUAGUUUUUGAUCUCAUGCCAAAGAAAAAUACAGUCACAUGGAGUUCAAUGAUCUCUGGCUACGCACGAAAUGGCCAAGGAGAAGAAGCAAUAUCUCUAUUCCAAUUGAUGAAGACACUUCAUAUAUCUGCAAACAGUCAAACUAUUGUUAGUAUUCUAACUGCUUGUGGCUAUAUGAGAUCUCUCAACCUUGGUAAAGAAAUCCAUGCCCAGAUGCUAAAGAGACUAGUUAAUAGCAACAAUUUUAUUGACAGCACCCUUAUUUGGUUAUAUUGCAAGUGUGGAGAGUUCUCCUAUGCUGCUAGAGUUCUCGAAUCCAUGCCUGAAAGAGAUGUGAUCUCAUGGACUGCGAUGAUUUCGGGUCACAAUACCCUGGAAGACAAAUCUGAUUCGCUUAGAUUCUUGAAAGAAAUGUUAUGGGAAGGCAUAAUGCCGACUCCUUACACUUACUCCUCUGCUUUGAAAGCUUGCGCAAAAGGAGAAGAGAUUCGGUAUGGACGAUGGAUUCAUGGUUCAGCGAAUAAAACUAGCUCUAUGUCAAAUGUUUAUGUUGGAAGUGCACUUAUUGACAUGUAUAUGAGGUGUGGAUGUGUCAAGGACGCAUCAAAGGUUUUUGCGACGAUGCCUGAGAGGAAUUUGGUUUCUUGGAAGGCGAUGAUUGUUGGAUAUGCAAAGAAUGGACAUUGUAGAGAGGCUCUGCAGCUUAUGUAUCGGAUGCAAAAAGAAGGGUUUUAUGUCGAUGAUUUUGUUCUGUCAACUGUUCUUGGCUCAUGUGGAGAUUUACAGUGGGAGGAGAGGCCUUCUGAAGAUUCUUGUUCUUUGCCAAGUUGAUCUCUUGGUAGAAACUUGUAGAAUCUCUUAGACAGCUGUGAUGAUAUACAUUGGAGAGCUUUUCAAGUGUAAAGUUUGAGGUCAUAGAGGAUUGUUCAGUGCUUUAAUUGGCCAAAUUGUUGUAUGUUGUUGAGACCUUUCUUGUCAAUUAUUACAGGAUACAUCAGACAUUGUAAAGCUACUGAUCUAUUUAACAAGUAAUUUUUGAUGUUCUGGUGAAA